ACGCCCCGCCCACUCUAUCCCCUCCCGCCUCUUCCCACCGGCGUUCAGUCGUGAAGCGGAUUGAACGAGCAGCGCUGGCUCUGUGGCGCAGGAGUAUGCGGGCAGGAACGUAACGGCUGCGGUAGUCAACUGAAAGCACGUUUAAAUACACACCGGGAGCGGCUCCGGAGAGAGGAACCCUGAGCACGGGCAGCCGAGGGGAGUUUACAACGGUUAAGGAGCGGAGGGAGACUCGGGAGAGCGGCAGGAGGCGGUGGAGGAGGAGGAGAAGUAGGGGGGAACGGACGCUCUCUAACGAAUCCGACCGACAUCGCACGCAGAAAUGGCGGAGCACCAUGCAGCCAGCGACGGCAAGCACAAGGCGUCCGGCAAUUCUGGGAGCUCGGUGCACGGAAACAGCCGACCUGGCGCCGGCGGUGGAGGAGGAGCAGGGGGCAAAGGAGGCCUCUCUGGCGGACUGACACAACCGGCCGGGUGGCAGUCUCUACUCUCCUUCAGCAUUCUUUUUCUGGCCUGCCUGGCAGGAUUCAGCUCCAGACUUUUCGCUGUGAUCCGGUUCGAGAGCAUCAUCCACGAGUUUGAUCCAUGGUUCAACUACAGAUCAACCCACCAUCUCACCACCAAUGGCUUCUACGAGUUCCUCAACUGGUUUGACGAAAGGGCCUGGUACCCCCUGGGCAGGAUUGUUGGCGGAACAGUCUACCCAGGGCUCAUGGUGACCGCCGGCCUUAUCCACUACAUCCUCAACCUGCUUCACGUCACGGUGCACAUCCGGGAUGUGUGUGUGUUCCUGGCGCCCGUGUUCAGCGGCCUGACGGCCAUCUCCACCUACCUGCUGACGCGGGAGCUGUGGAACCAGGGCGCAGGGCUGCUGGCAGCCUGCUUCAUCGCCAUCGUCCCGGGCUACAUCUCCCGCUCUGUGGCGGGCUCCUUCGACAACGAAGGCAUCGCCAUCUUUGCGCUGCAGUUCACCUACUACCUUUGGGUAUGUAGACUGAAAGCUUAAUCUAAAUAGAGAAAAAGUGACAUUUUUCUAUACGUGUUCAAGUAAUAGUUUUGUCAUGUUUUCUGCCGUUGCUCAUCUCCGUCUCCUUUUUUUCUAAGAGACGAGGUUUAUGUAGCCAGGAAAGUAGGGCCCUACUUUCAAAUCUUGCUUGCUUCACAUCUUGAAUUAUUUAUCCGUAGCCUUGAAAAGAAAGCUGGUGAUCUUUGCAGGCCAUGUGGUUCACAGAAUCCAAACUGCACUAGAAAAACUUUCACACACCUUCACAAUAAGAUGACCUUUUAGA